GUCCGCUCUCCAUAGAAAGUUGCAGAGCUGUCAGAGAGGCAGAAGGAUCGCGGCGGACUCCAUGGAUGAGGUGAGCCAGAGUUCCUUCACUACAGCUCUGAAGGCUUAGCUAGCUACAGACUAUCUCUGCUUCCCUGUCCAGUGUACCUCAGAGGCACCAUUAUUUUACCAUGCUUCCUAUAUACUACACGUAUAGAAAGUGUGCCCCCAAAGCCGCCCAGAUCCUUCUCAUCUCCGUUACUUGGUUCUGUAGCGCUGGCGGACAUGACUCCGUUUUCACAGAGUCACCAAAAUUAGCUUCUUAUUUUGGAACUAAGACCAGAUAUGAAGAAGUCAAUCCCUUCCUCCUGUCAAGUCCUCUUUUGGUUACAAGGAAGCAUGACCUACUGCCAAAUUCUUGCACCCCUCUCCAAAUAGUCUCUGUGAUCAGGCAUGGGACACGAUACCCUACCAAAAAGCAAAUACAGAAGCUGAAGAAAAUGUACAGCCUAAUCGAAGAAAGUACAAGCAACUGUGAGCUGGUAAAGGAGCUGAAGAGCUGGAACAUGUGGUAUGAGGACUGGAUGGAUGGACAACUGGUGAAGAAAGGAGAGGAGGACAUGAAGAACCUGGCUUAUAGACUGGCUUCUCUCUUUCCUUCCCUGUUCACGUCGGACAAGUUCCAUAAAUGUAAAAUGUCUUUUACCACCAGCUCUAAGCAUCGAUGUGUUGACAGCACAAAAGCUUUUAUCAGCGGGCUGGCACACACUUACCUCAGACUUCCUCUACCAACUGAAGAUACACUGGAAAGUGCGGCGUGCAGAAACCCUGUGGUCAAUGACACUUUAAUGCGUUUCUUUGAUCACUGUGAGAAGUUUGUGGCCCAAGUAGAAGAUAAUGACACAGCAAUGCAUGAAGUGGACAAGUUUAAGAAAGGACCAGAAAUGAGGAGAGUUCUGCACAAAAUAUCUGACCUCCUAAGCGUUCCAGAGCAUGAGCUGAAUGCAGAUUUAAUACAAGUGGCCUUUUUUACCUGCUCGUUUGAACUGGCCAUCAACAAUGUUGCCAACUCUCCAUGGUGCAGGCUGUUUGAUGAAGAAGAUGCCAAAGUCUUGGAAUACCUCAAUGACCUGAAACAGUAUUGGAAGCGGGGCUAUGGAUAUGAUAUCAACAGCCGCUCCAGCUGUAGCCUGUUCCGGAAUAUCUUCCAGCACUUGGACACCGCGGUUUCUGAAAGUAAAAGGUAUGUUCAUGUUUCCAGCAGCUGA